UAAUCUGUGUCGGAAACUUUUUAGUUUCGUUCUCAAAUGCUAAUUGUAUUAUUCCUGAACGCAAUGAGUCGAAUAAAAACCCUUCAGUGAACUCCCAAAUAUCUGAGUUGAGAGAGGCAAUGGAUCUUCAAAUACUUAAAGCGGAACAGGAUCGGCAGGGAAAACUCAUAGAUGAACUCAAAGCGGAACUAGAGCAACAAAAGAACGACAAAAUCGAUAAAGAGUCUAGCAUUCAACUCCUUCGAACAGAACUGGAACAACAGAAGAUAGACGCACUUGACAAAGAAUCGAGAAUUUACUUCCUUAUAGCGGAGCUUGAGCGUUUGGGAAAAUUUAUAGGUGAACUAAAUAAGCAAUUGACUAAUCAAACUUUUAAAGCGGAGCAGGAACGGCUGGAAAAAAUAAAAGAGGAACUUGUUCAGGAAUCGAAGAAACUCAAUUUGAUGCUCCACCCUCCGAAGUGUACCGAUGCUAAGUGCAGUGGGAUUCACGAAAUACUCGUCCCCAACUUUAGCAGUCAACUUUUCAAAGUGGCAUGCGAUGCAGAAACUCGAGGGGGAGGCUGGACGAUUAUCCUGAGGAGGAUGGAUGGAACUGUCGACUUCUAUCGCAACUGGGCUGCAUACAAAGAGGGAUUUGGAGAUUUAAAUGGCGAGUUCUUCUUAGGACUCGAUAAAAUUCACGCAUUGACGGAAGAAAGGAACCAGGAAUUACUUGUCGUCCUAGAGGACUUCGAGGGAAAUGAAGUUUUUGAGAUGUAUGACAGCUUUGCAAUCGGCGGUGAAGAUCAACAAUAUAUCCUACACUAUCUGGGAGAUGCGAGUGGAACUGCGGGUGAUUCACUUAGAAGACAUCGUGGCAUGAAAUUUAGCACCUAUGAUGGAGACAAUGAUAGUUGGCCAAGCGUAAACUGCGCUGUAGAAAGAACUGGCGCUUGGUGGUACGCUGAUUGCAACGACAGCAACUUGGCGGGGAAGUACAAUGAUGAACGAUUUCGCACGGGCGUCUAUUGGGAAAAUUUUAAGGGUUCUUACAAGUCCCUCAAAAAAGCAGUCAUGAUGAUUCGACCAAAAAAGUGAAAUCUAAGACUCUACAAUCAUUUAAAUCUUUUCGACACUUAUUUUCUAAUGUGUUUUGCGAUCCCUUUGUCUUUCUUAUAAUUUAAAUAUAUGUUUAUAAUAUAAAUAAAAGACAUUCUCUUUA